CAUCAGUUCAUCACAAGCAAGCAAUCUACAGGCCAGCAGCUAGCAAACCUCUUAAUUAAUUCGCUCGCCGUCGUUCGAGAGGAAGAAGAAGAAGAUGUCUUGCUGCAGCGGUAACUGCGGCUGUGGCUCCGGCUGCCAGUGCGGCAACGGCUGCGGCGGAUGCAAGAUGUUCCCUGAUGUGGAGGCCACUGCCACCACCAAGACGGCCUUCGUCCUGGCCGCUGCCUCCAACAAGGCGAGCUCCGGAGGGUUGGAGAUGGCGGCGGAGAGCGGCGAGAACGGCGGCUGCGGCUGCAGCACCUGCAAGUGCGGCACCACCUGCAGCGGCUGCACCUGCUGCUCCUGCAACUGAAGAACUUGCCAUGCCAUGGAUCCUACCCUACUACUUACUACUAAGUUCAUGCUUGCUAGGUCGUUGUUCAGAGCUUGCUUGCUUGCUCUGACGCACGCCUAAAUAAAAUCGUCGUCUGCGUGUGUUCUUGCGUGUCAUGUAGUAGCUUGGAUCAUCGAUCGAUCUCGUCAUGAUGAUGUCCCUGCUCCAUCUCCUCAUGCAUGCCUGCCUUCAUGGCUUUCUAAUAUAUGUAUCUCUGCUGCUUCCUUCCAAACUC